AUGCCUGCUCGUUUAACACAAGAUUUGCGCAACAUUCUCCAAUCUUUGCUCCAACGUGAUCUUUCGUUCUCAAAGAUAAAAAAUUUGUAUCCAGGAGUGGGUAACUCUACUCUUACAAGGCUCAGAAAACUAUAUUGCCCUGACCCAGCUAGACCUCUUGGCGGAAGACCGAAAAAACUUGGUGCUAAAACUAUGUCCCUAGUGUCAAGAGAACUUCGAUCAGGUGCUUUAGAUGGUCCCCGAGCAGCACAAGAAAGUUUAAGAUUGAUGGGCCAUGAUAUGUCAAUUAAUGGCAUCCGCAAGUCAUUGAGACGAAAUGGACUUAAAUCUCGUAGAAAAGUAAAGACCAAUUUUGUUAGCAAGACAAACAAGCGGCUUCGAUUGGCGUGGGCUAAAAAGCAUAGGCAUCUUACUAUUGCUGAUUGGCGUCGUUGGGUGUUUUCGGAUGAAACAAGAAUAAACCUUUGGGGCUCAGAUGGUAAUUCUUUUUACUGGACGAAUGGUGACCGAACCAUGCAGCCUCAUCAAGUCAAGCCUCAAGUGCAGGGAAAUGACGGUGGGGUCAUGUUCUGGAGUUGUAUAACAGCGUAG